GUGCUGAGGCCGCCCCCCGGGACCCCGGGGCUGCGAUGAGCCCCUGCAGACGGGCCCGGCGACACACGUCCAGAGGGGCCAUGGCAGUACUAGCGUGGAAGUUCCCGCGGGCCCGGCUACCGGUGGGAGCCAGUGCCCUUUGCGUCGUGGUUCUCUGUUGGCUCUACAUCUUCCCGGUCUACCGGCUGCCCAACGAGAAGGAGAUCGUACAAGGGGUGCUGCAACAGGGCACGGCGUGGAGAAGGAACCAGACGGCGGCGAGAGUCUUCAGGAAACAGAUGGAAGACUGCUGUGACCCCGCCCAUCUCUUUGCUAUGACUAAAAUGAAUUCCCCCAUGGGGAAGAGCAUGUGGUAUGAUGGGGAGUUUUUAUACUCAUUCACCAUUGACAAUUCAACUUAUUCUCUCUUCCCCCAGGCAACCCCAUUCCAGCUGCCCUUGAAGAAAUGCGCGGUGGUGGGAAAUGGUGGGAUUCUGAAGAAGAGUGGCUGUGGCCGUCAAAUAGAUGAAGCAAAUUUUGUCAUGCGAUGCAAUCUUCCUCCUUUGUCAAGUGAAUACACUAAAGAUGUUGGAUCCAAAAGUCACUUAGUGACAGCUAACCCCAGCAUAAUUCGGCAAAGGUUUCAGAAUCUGCUGUGGUCCAGAAAGACAUUUGUGGACAACAUGAAGAUUUAUAACCACAGUUACAUCUACAUGCCUGCCUUUUCUAUGAAGACAGGGACAGAGCCAUCUCUCCGGGUUUAUUACACACUGUCAGAUGUUGGUGCCAAUCAAACAGUGCUCUUUGCCAACCCCAACUUUCUGCGUAGCAUUGGAAAGUUCUGGAAAAGUAGGGGAAUCCAUGCCAAGCGCCUGUCCACAGGACUCUUUCUGGUGAGUGCGGCUCUGGGUCUCUGUGAGGAGGUAGCUAUCUAUGGUUUCUGGCCCUUCUCUGUGAAUAUGCAUGAGCAGCCCAUCAGCCAUCACUACUAUGAUAACGUCUUGCCCUUCUCUGGCUUCCAUGCCAUGCCAGAGGAAUUUCUCCAGCUCUGGUAUCUUCAUAAAAUCGGUGCACUGAGAAUGCAGCUAGACCCGUGUGAAGACACUUCACUCCAGCCCACUUCCUAGGGACCAUGGAAAAAGAAAGAACCGAGACAGGGUAUUUUUGUUAGGUUUUCUACAGGACUCCAAAAGGAAAUGGUCAAGUCAUUUCAUGGAUUCACAUGGGCCACUUGGAAAAACAAAACAAAACAA